AUGGAGCUCCGGCGUAUCAGUCAUUAUUCGACUCGCUUAAACUGGAGCACAGCACUCAACCUUGCAAACGAAGCUACUCAGCAUGUGAGGAAGCUGCAUGAGCUGGGAUAUGCACACGGCGAUAUAAAAUUAAGGGCGACGCUGGACUUGCAUCCACCAUUGAAUGCCAUUGAUUCUUGAAUUUUUUUCCAAUAGAGUAGCUACCUACUAGAAAUUUCGAUGGCGUAUGUCACGCAAUAUUCAUGCAAUGCCGCAUUGGUUUCGUUCCUAAAAUAGGUCGUCCUAUCUAAGAAAACCGGAGAACUUCGGGGUGAAUGGAAGCAAAAGAAUAGCGGGCAGCGAUGGC